UCUUCGUGUACGCUUCCUCUCGACUCCUCCUGCGACUCCUUGGCGACCCUUCGAUGCCAGCGGCAUAACACGCACUCUCUCACCCGGACCUGCACUCGCGCCUCGACCGCCUCUCGACACUCUCUCCUCUCUGCGUCUCCUCUAAUCUCCCUUCUCUCCUCUCCAGCCGCCGGCGCCGCUGCAGGCCGUCCGCCGUUGUCGCCGUCGCCAUGUCGCAGCCGAGCGUGGCGCGCUCGCCGCUGCUCUCGUCCGGCGCCGUCGAGGCGUCUCCCGACCUGCCGGCCUCUGGCUCGCGGCUCCGCGUCUCUGCCCGUUCCGAGAAUCUGCCGGCAUCCGUCAGCGUGCCUGCUCCCUGGCAGCCAGAGCCGGUGCGCCCCUCACACGCCGGCAACGUCGUCACGGCGCACGUCCAGCCGGCCAAGGCCGCAGCCUCCGCACCGGCAGCUUCGCUCCAGUCGGGCAAGGCAGCCCAGCUCGAGCGUGCUCCGUCUGCUGAGGCCAAAGCUGCGAACGGACGUGGGGCUGCCGCGCCUCCGCCGGCAGCUGCUGUUGUAGCGAAGCAGCCGCCUGCGCCUGCGAGCGCCACGCAGCAGCAGGCACAGCCGCAAGAGGAGGCACCGCCGCCGCCGCCGACGUACGAGCAGCGCGAUGCGCUGGUGCAGCACGUCUACAAGGCGGCGCGGGCGCGCCAGUACCAGAAGUGGCUCAACCUGCUUGACUUCAGCUGGUUUGCCAGCCAGCACCACCUGAGUCCGUACAGCCGGCUCAAGUUUGGCGCACAGGGCUCGCGCUACGCCUAUCUGCCGCUAUCUGUGCAGCACCCGAGCCUCGUGGAGGACACACUACACAAGCAAGAGUACAACGAGCAGCGAGCGGCUGCCUGGCUGCGCAUGCGCCGCGAUCGCCGCGCCGCCGAGCGUGCGGCUGCCAGGGCGCAGGUGGCGGCACGGCAGCCAAGUUCCUCCCCCUGCGGCGUCAAGCGCCCGCACUCGGACGGCGUCGAGGAGGUGGAGAGCGAUGCGGGACAUGACCGCGCCCGCCCUGAUGGCCUCGAGGCAGACAUGCAGGACGCGAUGAUGCAGAACAUCGGCAGCUCCUCCGGACGCACUGCCGAUGCGGCGGCUGAUGCUACAGUGGUAGGCACACGAGCGAGCACGACGAGCAGUGCCGAUGGCGCGCCUCCGCAGGCUCGCGAUGGUUCCGGCGUGGUCGUCACAGGACAGCUGGACCGCGAGGUGGUCAUGACGCAGGAGAAGGAGCGUAUCUCGGGCAUGCCGCAGCCUGAGGCGAGCGGCUCGUCUGCACCGCCGCAGUCCGUCGCAUCCAUGCCGCAGGAGGCGCAGGUUGCUCUCGCGAUGAAGACGAGCGACACCCACCCGAUCAAGUGAGUGUCCCGUCCGCGUGACCCUCGACCGCAGCUGACAUGUGCUCGACUCGCAGCAUCAGCCUGAUUGUGCCGCCGGAGCUGCUCGAGACGAUCUUGCGGGAGGUGAUGCCCUCGCUACCGACUCGGCUGGUCGAGACGUCUGCCUCUUUGACAACACCAGCCAAGGCGCGCGGAAGCGACGCGCCCGCUGCU